AUGUCGAUGCCAGGCGCCUUCUCCCCGGAUCUCUCGCCCUUCGAGCCCGACUCGAAGAAGGACGAAUCCUCGGUCAACCCUCCAGCUCUCCGCCUCGACCAACCCCCCGACGCCUACUCCCUCCACACAAACGACCCCUACUUUGAUGACGUCGCCGCCGCCGCCUCCUCCUCGGCAGCACACGACCUUCCGCCGUCCUACACGGACGAACCUCAAAACCAAUCCUCUGGCACCAAAGGACACCCUGUUACGACAACCACAACCGCCCUUCUCGCAGACGAAGCCGGCCCCUCCCCGCUCCUCUUCCGCAAGGAUCCCGUCACCGGCGCCGAGAUCCACACCUCUCGCCGCCUCGACACCGACCCGACCUACCUCGAAUCCCACAUCACUGCCCUCGCCGAGCUCCCACCCCGACCGCACGUCCGCAUCCGCGGCACCCACAGUGAGAGCGUCCGCAAGCGCGACGACAAGACCGAGACGAAGACGGUCGUCGACUUUGACGUUCGCCUCGACCUCACACCCUUCCUCUACCGCGACAUCGCCGCCCGCCGCUCCUGGCGCGAGCUGCGCACCGCCGACAACUUCCAAAAGGUCCGCCGCGGCACCGUCUUUCCCACCCGCGCUCCGGGCUUCGGCGGCUCGUCUUCGUCGUCCGACAGCAUCGGGGCCGACGGGAGCAGGCAGCCCACCCUGCGGGAGUGGUGCCACCGCUACUGCGCGUCCCACGCGGGGCUCAAGACCUUUACGCUGCUUCGGACCGUGACGGGCUUCGACGACGACGAGAAGCUCAAGGGCAGCCUCGAGGACCUCGUCCGCGCGACCCACUACCGAGGCCACAUUGACGUCUCGUUCCCCGUUCAGGACGCCCGCGUCGACGUCUACAACACGUGCCGUGUGAACCGCUGGCGCUCGACGACCUGGGUCCGCUGGCUGUUCUACCUGACCUUCCUCUGGGUCUUUGCCUGGCCGUACCUCUUCUUCCGCACCAAGCGCUUCGAGGUCGUCGAGGCCGAGUGGCCCUUUUCCCGCCGGCGGAGAGACCCGCAGACGGGCAGGGUCACGGGGCGCGAGUACGUUACCCUCUCGGAGCUCGACUGGUUCAACAUGUGGGGGCGGGCCAUCUCCAAGGCCGUUCUUGAGAGGCGGCAGGGCGAGCUGGACCAGCGCGACCUGAGAGACGCCGAGGGAAGGCAGGACACCAGCUUCGAGGAGGUCCUCGCGGGUAUCGAUGGGGAGACGACGAGGGGCCUCGUGAGGGCCGGCGUUAGUGCGAUGAACGUCGUCAACCGGCACUUUGGAUGGGGAGGUGAUUGCUGA